AUGUUUGAGGGCGGCACUGGUGGCUACAUGUCGAGGUCCACCCGCGAGCGUCAUGCCAUCACAUGGACUUCCAAGGAGCAGAUCAAGUUUGAGAUGCCAACUGGAGGUUAUGCCAUCAUGAACAAGGGUGAGAACUUGUGCUACUUCAGGAAGAAGGAGCAGUGCAUUGCUUUGGGCAAGCAGCUGCGAAAGAUGAAGAUUGAGAACUACAAGAUCUACCGCUUGAAGAAGGAUGGCACUGUGAUCUUCAUGCAUCCAGCCGAUGGUGUGUUCCCAGAGAAGGUGAACAAGGGUCGUGUGCAGGUGAACGGCCGACCUUUCACCAUCAGGAGCAACCCUCAGCAGUCUGAGCUGAAGUGGACGAAGUAUCACAUGAAGUCCUACGAAGCAGAUCCAUUGACUACUCUCUUCAUCAAGGCCCGCUGCAUGGCCUUCGUAGAUGUCCCCAACCUCUUCGCGCUGCCACAGCCAAACAUGGACGAGCUGGUGCCAGUGGAGGAGGUGGACAAGUACACCAAGCAGGAGUACACCACAAGGCUUAUGGAGGCCUUGAAGAGGGUCCAGGAUGACCGAAAGGAAAAGGAGGCCAAGAGCCUCUAA